UAUUACAGUAAGGAACCAAAUUAUAAUUCUCUUUGAAGAAACCCAUAAAUUACAAAGAAAAGACAUGACCGACGACGUUAGUUUUGAAUCUUUACGUCGCACUGGAAUAAGUUUCCAACCAGACUCACACAUCCCCGAGGUUAUUGCCAAUAAGUAUCAGGUAAAAGCGACUGGAGAGGAAGCCAGGAAAUAUGACUUCGUCACAGCCCGACCACCAGCGAGGACUACCAAUGUUUUAGAAUCAAUAGGUUACCUAACCAAGAGCUGUCUCGGCGCUGGCGUGGUGGCCAUCCAUGAGUCAUACAAAGACUGCGGUCUGUGGACUGGGUUGAUUCUAAACAUCGUUCUCGGAUUAGCCAUUAGCUACGGCAUGUAUACCUUGGCAAAAUCAGCGCAAAAAAUAUACGGAAGACUUCAGAUACCGGCCCUUUCUUAUCCAGAUUUGGCACAAGCUACCUUAGAGAUUGGACCGUGGAAAUCUCUAAAACGGUUCAGUAAAUGUUUUAGGUAUACCGUAGACUUCAUCUUAAUCAUUGAAAUAGCUGGGUGCUGUUGCAUCUACCAGAUCGUAGUAGCGCGCGCCAUCAAGCAGCUGGUGGAAGGUUUAGAUACCGUCACCGACUCCAGGGUCGGGACCAGUCCAUCUAUCAGGGUGUACAUCAUUUCCCUGAUGAUUCCUUGCAUAUUAUUGUGCAUGAUCACAAAUUUGAAGUAUCUAGCACCGUUCUCGACUGUUGCUGAUUUUUUUAUUGUGAUCAUGGCCAUAGCAACAGUCUACUUCGCUGUUAAAUCAGCCAACAUCAGUCCCUUAGAGAUGUCGUUUUUCAAGAGCGUCCCGGGAGUGUUUGAGUUCAUUGGGGUCUGCGGAUUCAGCAUGGACGGCGUCGGCGUCAUAUUAACUAUAGAGAACAGCAUGACUGAACCCAAGAAGCUCCCCACAGUUCUUAUAGGAGGAAUGACGUUGGUAAUGUUACUGGUGACUACAGUGGGAUUCUUUGGGUACUGGGGCUUUGGUGAAAAUACCACCACGCCUGUCACAAUUAACUUCCCUUGGGAACCGUUUCCUAUAAUAAUGAAGGUGUUCCUAGCCCUAAUGAUCUACAUUACUUUCGGGUUGAACUUUUGGGUGGCUUGUGACGUCAUGUGGUUCUAUUUGAAGAGUCGGCACGAGCCCAAGAAGCAUUGGCUUUGGGAACGAGUGUACAGAGCUGUACUUGUGGUAUUCAUCACGAUCGUUGCAGCUGCAUUUCCCAACGUCACUAAGUUUAUUGGUUUGAUCGGCUCCUUCUGCCUAUCCAACCUUGGUUUCAUAUACCCAGCGUUCAUUGAGCUCUCGUUGGACUGGGAAGACCCCGGCCCAGGGGUCUUCUAUUGGCGGUUGUGGAAGUUUGUCGUCAUAUUUCUGUGGGGUCUUGUCUUGUGUAUCGCUGGAUCGUACGUCAACGCCAGAGAGUUGAUAAUAAGAGUAUUUCAUAAAAAAAACGAAUCUUAAUAGACUGCAUUUUGAAUAUUAUACUUUAUUUUAUGAUUAC